AUGAAAAAACCACUGGAUGACGAAGAGUACGACAAUCAAGAAAAUCGAGAUAACCCGAGCGAUGUUUGCUCUCCAAGUCCAAGUGAUUGCCAUUUCAACAUAGAACCAAAGAUAGAGCCAGUCUCACCAGGACAUGAAGGGUACGACUGUAUAAGAUUCAAGGUAGACAGCCCUCCCGCUUCUGUCGAAGUGCCAUCGGUGCCGAGCACAUCGGAUAGCGCCACUCGUUCGCGACCUCAAAAGAGACGUCGUUCUGGCUCCGUGGAUACACGGGAGCGACUGAACACCUUUAAUGACCACCGUGGAGAGUUGUAUAUGGAGGAAAUGAAGGCAGCCAUCCUCCGUCAGCGUCAUUAUGAAGAGAAAAUCAAUAAUUCCCAAUUGAAGAAAGAACUUCUCAAGGUGUCGCUCGAGCGAGAGAAGUUGGCAUUGGAAAAAGAGCGAUUUAUUCUGGAAAAGUUAAAGGAAGAGGGAGGAAACAAAUGCCCGUGUAGUGGUUACGUUUGGUGA